CACUAGGCUCACGACGCGGCGGCUUUAUCGAUCGAUAACUCCAGCACGAGCCGCCCAAAUUGGUCCAUAUUUGCGCUGCUUGAUCAUACGUAUAAUACGCUGCAACGAGUGCAUAAGCGAGCCAGCAGUAAUUGGCCGCGGCGCGACGCACCAUGGCCUCCCACGUCGCCGCAGCAGACGACGCCGACGCGCUGCGCAACAAAGCUGUCACCGAAUUCGCAGCCGUCAUCGCGACGCUCGACGGCGUGGAGUUGGACGCGAGCGAGGGCGACGCCCUCAAAAAGAUGAAGCGCGGCGCCGCGCUGCGGGGCGUCAUGGCCGCGAAGGGCUGCGACAAACCGGAAACGCUCGAGACCAUGGCGCGCGAGUGGGUCGGCGGCAUGUUGGUGGCCACGUACGCGCUCGAGAAGGCGGCGUCCAGUCGACGGUUCGUGCAGCAGGGUGAUAGAGAACUGGUCAGUACAUUAAACAAGUGCUACGACGCCACAUCAACGUGGGCCGAGACGCACCUCGUGGCAGCUUUGGGCCUCACCAAGAAAACAAAUGAUGAAGAGGAGCAGCGGCCCUCGUGCGAGGCCCGGCCCGACCCGGUGCCCGAGGCGGAGGCUAGAAGGUUGGUGAACGAGGCCUUGCGGCGGGGCACGGCGCAGUUCGAGGACUACGCGGGCGACGACCCCGCGCCGGCUGCAUUGGCGCUGCAGACGGACACGUGGGAGGCCUUGAAUUGGCGCCGGGGGGCCCUCGCUUAUUAUGUGACGGCCACCGUCUGCGGCCUGGGCAAAGGCAACCCGUCGUCCGACGAGUUAUCUAAAAGUGCUGUAGCAGUCAGAGACGAGCUCGAGGCCGGCAUCGCAGCGAUCGGGCGGGUCCUCGACGCGCGGGGCGGCGAUUCGUUGCACUCGGACCUGAAACCGGCGACCCAGGCGACGGAUUAUGGUGUGUGGAGCACGACCCACUUGUUAGGAAUGGCCUACGCCGGCGAGCAGGCCUACAUCCUGUGGCUGCUCGACGACAGCGAGGACUGGCGACGACUCGCGUUGGUGCUGUUGCACCGCUACGUGUAUGUGGUUGAGGUGCUGAUGGUCGGGUGCGGCUGGUCCGUGAAGCGGCCGAAGGAGUUAUUGGGGUUGCUCGGCGGGCGCAAGGCCGUCGAGUCUUGUUUAGCUAAGGAGUGGGGCGCGGACGAGGCCAUCGCCAAGGAGCUGAAGCGCCUCGGCCUCGGGGACGCGUCUUCGGAGAAGAAGCCGUCGGGAGGGCGGCGGAAGAAGAAGGGGAGGUAAUACUGUUGUCUUA